AUGGCUUUUAAUUUUAACAGCGACUUAAAUAAAAUCCACAGCCUGUCUUCAAGUUUGGAAGAGCUACGACAAAACGAAAGGAAAGAACUAAAAAUCCUAAUCAACGAAAUAAGAGAUAAUAUUAAUUCUAAAAAACAUUUCUUGAAGCAAAACAACACGCUACUCAACAUAGACUUAAGCCAGUUGAAACACGAUAUGAUAUCAAUUCAAGAUUCCAUACAGUAUUUAAUGGACAACACCAUUACGAAAAUGAAAUAUUUAAAAAACGAUUUUUUCGAUAUCAACCAAGACGUCGAUUAUUACAUAGAAAAAGUAAACGAAUGGUCACAACCUAUCGAUAUAAAUAAAAUCAACUCCAAAACAAACUACAAAACCCCAGAUUCCAAAGUGAGCUGUAUAGAAAUAAGAGAAUUUAUAGAUUUCCUCCACAGAAGCGGAGGUCAUGAAAAUGGCUGGGACCCGACCGAUCACCAAUUAUUCAUCAAAUGUAGAAACAAAUUCAAAAACCCAGAUACAUCAGCUAGGAAACUCAACGAACUUCUACCCGAUAAAACUAUCGAGGAGAUUAAACAACACGAGGAAUGGUACAAAGAGUAUUUAAUCCUAGAAAACAACAAAAAAGAAGCCAUUAAAAAGUGGCAAGAAUCCAAACAUAAAGCAAUUUCAAUUAGCAAACCUCCCGUGCAAUCAAAAAUAACAAUAACCCACGAAGAUUUAAAAGAAAAACUAUCGAAAUGGAAGCAAAACAAAGAUAUGAUUUUCCAAACACAAAUAAGCACCGAACGGGAAAACUACCUCAAAAAGAAAGAACUGGAGAGCAAAAGAAAACAGAAAAACGAAGAAACGAAAAGAAUAGUAGAAGAAUGGAAAAGAACUAAAUUAUUUUUGGAAGAACAACAAAAAUUACGCGCGGAAUUCCAACAAGAAAACGAUCGAAAACUCAAAGCGAUAACAGCCAACAAACUCAUUAAAGAAUUCCAAACACGAGACGAUUUAUAUAUCCUACAAAUGAAGAACAGUAAGAAUCAACAUCAGGCUCAGAAACCUUCGAGAAGCAAAUCCACCCAACUAGUCCCGAGGGAUCCGGAAAGAUUAUUCAAACCCACCAGACAAUGGAUAAACCGAUUACACGAUGACAAUAUUUACCCGGAACAAACUCCGAUUCCUAUUAAACAAUUACCCAAACUCGGCGUUCCGGAAUGGAGAAGAAAAAUCGAUUAG